AUGUAUGGAGAUCUGGCGAAUAAGUUGGUCAUAGAAGCCAAGAGAACACAACAAUUGAACGGCAAGCCUAACAAGGCUACGAAGUUGCCGAUGUAUAACGAUGAGAUAGUGCGAAAUAUAAUUACAGAAGUUAAUCAAUUGAAACAGAAUGCUGAGUUUCUAAAGGAGAAUGAAGUUAUGAGUCAGAGUGAAAAUAAAGUGGUGAAAUGUCAAUAUUUUGUGAAUUCAUUAUGUCUUGAGCGAAAUAAGAGAUGUCUACUAGCGUAUCAAAGACUACGAUGUGAUGCAUUGGAUUCGAUGAUUUGGGAAAAUAAUGGUAUGGAUUCUUCAAACCAGGAUAGUAACGAUCUUUCUCAUGAGGAGCAAGAAUAUUUGAGAGAGUAUGCAGAUUUGAUAACAGAUUUGAAAGUGGGAGCGUUAAGUGAUAUUGAUAUCUCUGGAUCGUUGACUCCACCUAGUGAUGUUUUUAUAGAUGUUAGAGUACUCAAAGAUGCGGGAGAAAUUCAAACAGAGUAUGGUGUUUUCAAUUUGAUUAAGGAUUCACAAUUUUUUGUUAGACAAUCUGAUGUUGAAAGACUAAUUCAACAAGGGUAUUUACAAAAGAUAUAA